AUGUUUCCCACCAGAGUCGUGGCUGGAUCGGUUGUUGCGGGAGCUUUAGCUUCAAUCAAGAUUGUCAGCCAGGGCAAUGUUGCCAUUGUUGAGCGAUUGGGGCGAUUUCAACAAUGCUUGAAUCCAGGAUUGCACUUCGUCAUACCUCUGGUGGAUCGACAAAGAAUCACGCUUUCCCGACGAGAACAAGUCUUUGAUAUUCCUCCCCAGGAUUGUAUCAGUUCAGAUAAUGCCCCUCUUUCCGCAGAUGCGGUCGUCUACUGGAUAUUGAUAGACCCUGAAAAGGCCUACUACGCGGUCAUGGAUUUGGAAUUAGCCAUUCAAAAUCUGGUGUUGACGCAGCUACGUUCUGAAAUUGGCAAGUUGACACUGGAUAAAGUGCGAGACAAUAUCCCCAAUCCAGAAAUCCUUGGAGCCAUGGAGCAGCAAAUGGCUGCUGAGCGAACAAAACGUGCUGUGGUGAUCAAAUCUGAAGGUGAGUUGGCCCGAGCCGUCAAUGAAGCGGAAGGGGCGGCCCAAUCUCGAUUGAUUGACGCUCGCGCAUCUGCGGAAGCCCUUCGCCUGGAAGCCAAAGCCAAAAGGGAUAAAUUGGAGCUGGAAGCACAAGGUGCAGCCCAAGCCAUUGCUGCGCUCGUAGAUGUGAUGGGCGGAGAUGCAGAGGAAGCCACAAAGUUUCAGCUGAAUCGAGAGUAUAUUGAGGCUCAACGAUCUCUGGCUACCAGUGAGAAUGCCAAAGUUGUCCUUUCAUCAGAUGCUUUCAACAGUGCCAUGGUACAAGCUUUGUCGCUCUACGAUGUAGCCAAAGAGAAGCAAUCGUAG